ACCUUGUAGCUUCGUCCUCCUCAGCCUGCGGUAUAUUUAUUUGUUUUAGAUGUCUCUCAUAAUGCAGUGGAUGCUGGAUAUUUGACAAUAGUCUGCAAUUCAUUGCUGGAAAACCUAGACAAGCUGCCUGGAGACUCAAGAACAAGAAUAGGAUUCAUAACAUUUGACAGCACUGUUCAGUUUUACAACUUGCAAGAAGGUUUAUCUCAGCCUCAGAUGCUCAUUGUUUCAGAUAUUGAUGAUAUUUUCCUACCUACACCAGAUGGCUUACUUGUAAACCUCCAUGAAAGCAAAGAGCUAAUAAAAGAUCUGUUGAAUGCAUUACCAAAUAUGUUCACUAAUACAAGAGAAACGCACAGCGCCUUGGGCUCUGCUCUUCAGGCUGCAUUUAAGCUGAUGUCUCCAACGGGAGGUCGGAUAUCUGUUUUUCAAACUCAGUUACCAUCUUUGGGUGCAGGGCUUUUGCAUUCCAGAGAAGAUCCCAAUCAAAGGUCGAGCACAAAGGUGGUCCAGCAUCUUGGUCCAGCGACAGAUUUCUAUAAAAAGUUGGCAUUGGACUGCUCAGGCCAGCAGACUGCUGUGGAUUUAUUUCUCUUAAGUUCACAAUAUUCUGAUCUAGCUUCCCUUGCUUGCAUGUCCAAGUACUCUGCAGGAUGCAUCUAUUAUUACCCAUCUUUCCACCAUAGCCAUAAUCCUGCUCAGGCUGAAAAGCUGCAGAAAGACCUUAAAAGAUACCUUACCAGGAAGAUAGGAUUUGAGGCGGUUAUGCGCAUAAGAUGUACAAAAGGUCUUUCAAUACACACUUUUCAUGGGAACUUUUUUGUCCGAUCUACUGACUUACUGUCUCUCGCCAAUGUCAAUCCUGAUGCUGGGUUUGCAGUACAGAUGUCCAUUGAGGAGAGUCUGACUGACACUUCUUUAGCUUGUUUUCAAACAGCACUUUUGUACACGUCCAGCAAAGGUGAACGUCGAAUUCGAGUGCACACACUUUGCUUGCCUGUAGUAAACUCACUGACUGAUGUGUAUGCAGGAGCUGAUGUACAAGCAGUUGUAUGCCUCUUAGCAAACAUGGCUGUGGAUCGCUCAGUUUCAUCUAGUCUUCCAGAUGCAAGAGAUGCCUUAGUUAAUGCUGUGGUAGACUCUUUGUCAGCAUAUAUGUCAACUGCCUCAAACCUGCAGCAGUCUAUGCUGAUAGCACCAAAUUCCCUCAAGUUGUUUCCACUCUAUGUUUUGGCUCUUCUCAAACAGAAAGCUUUUAGAACAGGCACUAGUACACGCUUAGAUGAUCGUGUUUAUGCAAUGUGCCAGAUAAAGAGUCAGCCUCUUGUUCACUUGAUGAAAAUGAUACAUCCCAAUCUGUACAGAAUAGACAAGUUGAUUGAUGAGAGUACAAUACAUGUAAGUGACAGAGUUGUUCCUCAGCCUCCUCUUCAGAAGUUAUCUGCAGAGAAGUUGACAAGAGAAGGAGCUUUCCUUAUGGAUUGUGGUUCAAAUUUUUAUAUUUGGAUUGGAAAAAACUGUGAUAACAACUUCAUAAAAGAUGUCCUUGGAUAUCCAAACUACGCGUCAGUACCCCAGAGAAUGACGCAGCUUCCUGAGAUAGAUGCACUUUCUUCAGAAAGGACACGGUCUUUCAUAUCCUGGCUUAGAGACAACAGACCUUUAAGUCCAGUUCUUCAAGUAAUAAAGGAUGAAAAUCCUGCCAAAACAGAUUUUUUUCAGCACUUAAUUGAAGAUCGGACAGAAGCAGCUUUCUCUUAUUAUGAAUUCUUACUGCAUAUUCAACAGCAGAUUUGUAAGUGAACAAAAAAUAGAACAGAAAAAAAGAACCCGGCUCCAGGUAGCAUUGGCCGAGAGAAGCGUACGGGAAGCUGCAGAAGGGGUGUUUGUUCUUCACGAUAUGUAGUAACCAGAACUGAUUCUGGCAACUUUACAGCUAAAGGAGAAGUAUACAUUUCCAGAGGAAUUUUGCAGAUAAACUUGACUGUAAAAGUGCUAGGAGCAAUGAAGCUGUUUCACUAGUAAUCUUUGAAUUGGUUUAUACACGUUUCCAGUAGUGCAGCGGUAUGGUGCUCUGUUUAUUGCAAGCUGGUGAAUUUAUGUAGCUAUGUGGGAUAUUUCUUAACGAAAUGUACAAUUAGGUAAAGCCUUUUUUCUUACGUUUGUUAUGGUAGCCCUUCAAAAUCCGAGUUCUUAACCAAGAUGUCAAAGGGCAGUGCUGUAUGUUGGUUGUUUAUAUGAAUUUCUUUUUAAAAGGAAUGAUUCGUAUUUACUAAAGACUUCAGCAAAUUCCCUGCAAAAGUUGUAGAAUUUCACUAAAGUAAAAGAAUUGUAGAAAUGAAAUAUAUAAUGUACAUAAGUGUUACAUUUGUAAAGAAAAUGUAAAAAUGUAACUAAAAAAAGACUUAGCUAAGUGUACGGAAUUGUUGAGUGUUCAAUGAUUGUUUCUGUCUCAAGUUGACUAUUAAAACAUGCUUAAAAAAAAAUCCCUGUAGAAAGAACACAACUUCUUGUUCUGUUUAAUUUUUAGGCGAAUUUAUUUAAGAUUGGCUUACUAAUUAAAAAUAUUUUGCUUUAU